AUGGAGCCUUUUCAACAUGUUAGACAGAUACAAAAAUUCAAAAGGAGGUUAGGGAUACAUCAGGCUGGUGCAAACUGUAGUGGAAAGAUUUGGUUUUUUGUAGAGAAGAAUGUAGAUGUGGAAAUUUUAUCUGAUACUGCACAACAAAUCACCUUGAAACUAUUUCUUCAGGAGCACAAUAGAUCUCUUUUAACAACAUUGGUCUAUGCUAAAUGUGACGAAGUAGAAAGAAUGCCUCUUUGGGAUAGUAUUUAUCAGUUAGCUGGCUCCUAUGACAUGCUUUGGCUGGUAGAGGGAGAUUUUAAUGUAGUGAUGAAUGAAGAGGAGAAAAUAGGCGGAGUCCCUGUAGUCCCUCAGGACUAUGAGGAUUUUACCUUUUGUAUCAACUCAUGUGAUUUAUUUGAAACAGUGGAGCAUUUAUCCAGGACCAGAUAUGAUCAUGCCCCACUUCUUAUUACUUUGGGUGAGGAAGUUCAGACUUUCAUAAAACCAUUCAGGUUUUUGAAAUUUUGGACUGAGCAUAAAGAUUUCAUGGACAUAGUAAGGCUGAAUUGGUCUGAGAAGAGUAUUGGCAUGCCUUUUUGGGUUUUUAAACAGAAGAUCAAGAAAGUAAAAGGGGCUCUAUCUGCUUGGAGUAGACUGACUUUUGGAGAUAUCUUCAAACAACUUAUUAUCAGGGAAGAUAUAGUGGGAAUUAAGGAACACCUGUUUGAAGAUGAUCCUUCUGCAGAAAAUAGAAUAGUUUUGCAGCUUGCUCAGGAUGAACUGAAGAAGUAUUUACAUUAUGGGGAAGAGUUUUGGAGACAAAAAAAAGUAUACACUUGGUUCUCUGAAGGUGAUAGAAACACCGGGUUUUUUCAUAAUUCAGUAAAUGGAAGGAGAAAAAGGUUACAGGUGAAUAGAAUUCAAAUAUCUGAUGGUGAGUGGAUAGAAGAUAAGGAGCAGCUUGCAUCAGAAGCAGUUAAUUUCUUCCAACAACAAUUCUCUCAAGAGGAGGGGGCUCUAGAUUUUGGCAUGCUGAAGCAUAUUCCACAGAUGGUGUCUUCUGAAAGCAAUGAUUUGCUUUGUGCACUUCCAUCCCAGGAAAAAGUAAAGAAUGUUGUUUUUGAACUUAAAGGGGAGAGUGCUUGUGGUCCUGAUGGAUUAUCAGGAACUUUCUUUCAUUCAUGUUGGGACAUUGUAGGAAUGGAUGUAUUCAGAAUGGUUCAGGCUUUCUAUGAAGGUCAUAAUGUCCCAGAAUCAGCAACUCAUACUAAUUUGGUGUUGAUCCCUAAGAAAUCAAAAGUUCACACUUUUGGGGAUCUCAGACCAAUAAGAUUGAGUAACUUCAUAAACAAGGUCAUUUCAAGAGUGGUUCAUGGAAGACUGGAUAAGAUUCUAACAGGUUUGAUCUCUAGCAACCAGUCUAGUUUUGUGAAGGGAAGAAGCAUUAUUGAGAAUGUGUUGCUCACUCAAGAAAUUAUCACAGAUAUUAGAAAGAGAGGUAAACCUGCAAAUGUGGUGAUUAAGUUAGAUAUGGUUAAGGCAUAUGAUAGAGUAUCCUAG